AUGUUGUCUCCAGUCGUCCGCUAUCACACAAACGAAGAGAAGAACGGGUACACAGUUUUGAAUCUUGAAACAUCGAAGAAUGGGUUAACCCAGACCCCGGUGCAGUAUCUCAUCCAGACGGCUCCGCUGCAUGACUUCUGCAGUCGUCAAAUGGUCGAUCUACGUACCCUUCUGCAAUGUGCAUGGUCGCGGGUGGUUGCCCAAUUGGAAUCUAGAAAAGAUCUCAAAGCAGACGUGAUCUAUUACGCGAAGUCAAAAUCGGCAGUAGGAGAUUUCGUCUCCGAGGUGAAGAAGUCACGAGAAUGUGCGGAGUUAGAAAAUGAAAGGAUAUUUACGGAAAAGCUAUUACUCCCACUUAAUGCCACUGGGACCGCCUCCCUAAGCUGGCCCCAAAACGAUCUAUUAGGCGCGAGGGAAGGGGAAUGUGGUCACCAGAGUACUGGGGGAUUUGAGCUUGCACAAUGUGGCAGCUGGAUCGCAAUUUCCGCAAACUUCAACCCACUCACCAUUUCAACAAUGUUGGUAAAUGACCACAUUGAAAUGCUUCGCUCAUUCCUAGUAGCACUUGUCGUUGGUGAUGAUGAGCUGUGUGCUCCUGAAAACUAUCUCACGCCAGAGGACAGCGCCCGGAUUCGGAGAUGGAACAGCGCGGUUCCCCCUGAAAUCAAUGCUUCAAUACUUGAUGUGUUCUUUGAGCAAGUUGAGGCGCACCCUGGAUCAACGGCAGUUAGUGGGUGGGACGCGAGUCUCACCUAUCAGGAACUUCAAGAUUGUGCAGACCGACUGGCUAACCAGUUAAAGGCACAUGGAGUCGGACCAGGGAUGCUGAUUCCAUUGUGUUUCGAGAAGUCGGCAUGGGCCGUGGUGGCUAUCAUUGCGAUUGUUAGUACUGGUGCUGCGUUUGCUCUGCUGGACGCUUCUCAGCCGGAGGCGCGCUUGCGCUCAAUUGUGAUGCAAACCAGAGCGAAUUUGAUGGUCACAUCACCUCAGAAAGAGGACCUCGGACGAAGGUUGGUGCCGGAAGUGGUGUUGGUACAGCCUACACAGCCCACAAAAAGUUCCGGACGAUCUAGAACAUUGAGACCAGUAGUUAAGCCGGAUUCACUCCUAUACGUGGUAUUCACCUCUGGUAGUACCGGCCAGCCAAAGGGAGCUAUGAUCUCACACUCCAACUUUGUCUCCGCAGUUCAUUAUCGCAGGUCCGAGCUCUACACACACUCUCCGCGGGUGCUCGACUUUGCUUCUUAUAGCUUCGAUAUUAGCAUCGAGUCUACUCUGGCGCCGUUACUGCUCGGAGGGUGUGUUUGCGUACCGUCUGAUGCAUCUCGAGAGGCUGAUCCUAGCGAUGCGAUAAACGCAUUCAAUGCGAACCAAGUCAUGCUCACUCCAUCGUUGGCCCGGCUAGUGCAACCAGAAAAUGUACCGUCCUUACGCCUGUUACAUUUGGGAGGAGAGCAAAUCUCGACAUUCGAUAUCGAAAGAUGGCCUAUUACGGUGAAGCUCAUCAACGGCUAUGGUCCAGCUGAAUGCACUGUCGUGUCAACAGCGAACACCGUCUCGCAUUUGUCUCCUGAAGCACAUACUAUUGGCCGAGGCCUAGGCGCAGUCACUUGGGUUGUUGAUCCCGCAGAUAGUGGACACUUGGUACCCCUCGGAACUAUUGGCGAGCUUGUUAUUGAGGGCCCGCUCGUUGGGUCUGGAUAUCUUCAUGAUGAGGAGCGGACCUUAGCAGCGUUCAUCGUGGAUCCACCAUGGCUGCGAGCUUUCGGCAGGCGGGGCCGUCUGUACAAAACUGGUGAUCUCGUAUCUUACAAUUCCAACGGAACACUCACGUUCAUUGGUCGCAAAGACACGCAGGUCAAGGUAAAUGGACAGCGUGUCGAACUCGGGGAGAUUGAACAUAGUAUGCAGCAACAAAUAUACAUGCAAGGAAACUGCGUGGUCGAUAUCGUGGUUGAUCUAAUUUCUAUCAACACGAAUUCUGGGAAGCAGUCUGUUUUGGUGGCUUUCCUGGGCCUCGAGCGAGCUGCACAAGCGCGAUUUACGGCAUCCGAUGCUCCCAGUGUACAGGAGCUAACGUCCGCCAUGUGGGAGAUCCUCGAGCACAUUAAUCUCUUCAAGGUCCUACCACGUUAUAUGGUCCCCUCUAUUUAUGUUCCAUCAUGGCGUAUGCCACUUCUUCCCUCUGGCAAAAUAAACCGGUUGAAGUUGCGUUCGAUAGGGGAGUCAUUAUCGGUCGAUGACUUGGCAGCCUUUAGAAAGCCGCAGGUUGCAACGGUUGAUACACGAGGACAGAGCACGCCACAGGAAAAGCUACUACAAAGUCUAUGGGGACAGAUCUUUCCGCAUCGUGCAGAUAGCAUUCUUCUUGAUGAUAACUUCUUUUCCCUCGGCGGCGAUUCCCUUGCCGCAAUGAAGCUCGUCGGGCUUAUUAGAAAGCAUGGCAUUGAAAAUAAGCAACAGGAGGAGAUACGUAUCGCGGACAUUCUUCAAUGGCCACAGCUUACUGAUAUGGCACGUUGUAUUACGCAGGUAGAUGGUAAACAAGCUGACCUUCAGGAUGCUCCCUUUGAUCUUUUGCCGGACCAUAUAGCGCCGUCGGACGCCCGACGAAUAGCUGCUCCACAAUGCGAUGUUCAACCAGAGCAAAUAGUGGAUAUCUACCCUUGUACUCCACUUCAAGAGGGGUUGAUGGCUUUAUCAGCUGGACGAUCCGGAGCCUAUAUCGCACAGAAUAUUUUCGAGUUAAGUGAUACAACGAACAUUGAUACCUUGCGGGUCGCUUGGACCCAUAUUGUGAUGUCAAGUGUGAUCUUUCGAACGCGAGUCGUGCAGUUAGAUCCCCAAACCCUAGGACAGGCAGUUGUUAAUGUUCCGAUUGAAUGGGUGGGUUAUGACGGAGGGCUAAAUGAUUUCGUGGCAAUAGACCGCCACAAACCUAUGGGGAUCGGAAAGGCUCUCAUGCGAUUGACUGUCGUCAGCGAGCGCAGUGAGGAGUCAGUAUCGAAACGCUUUCUUGUCUGGACAGCUCAUCAUGCCGUGUUUGAUGAUUGGAUAUUAACCCUUAUUACAAGCCACGUGGAAAAGGUGUACCGUGGGAGCCCGCCGUCUUCCUUCCAUUUAACUCCAUAUAAACGGUUCAUUCGCCACAUCCAAGAGGUGGACUGUGAAUCAUUUAGUAACUAUUGGCGCCAGGAGCUUGAAGGGACUAAUGCCUCCAUCUUUCCACACUUGCCUUCGGCCGUGGACAAGCCAGUAGCGGAUGCGACGGCUAGAUUUGCAUUCAACUUGAACGAUUCCAAAGUAAAUGUUCAUGCUUCUUUACCAACCAUAUUGCGCGCGGCCUGGAGUAUCCUUGUGUCACGGCAUACUCAAACAGACGAUGUGGUUUUCGGAGAGACCUUGACUGGUCGUAAUGCACCUGUCGCCGGUGUUGAAGAGAUGGAUGGUCCGACUUUGACAACAAUUCCCCGACGAGUAAAAGUCCAAAAUGAGAUGAAAGUGGCCGAAUUCCUUGAGGAGAUCAAGAGACAUGAAAUUAACACCAUCCCCUAUGAAGGGUUUGGACUACAAAACAUACAGAAGCUGAGCGAGGAUGCUCGCGUUGCGUGCCAAUUUGCAACACUUCUUGUGAUCCAACGGGAGCCAGAGUCGGAAACUGACAGCCCCAUGACUAAUGUGACUGAGAAGAUCUUGCACGACGACUGUGGAGAUGAUGAGCCUUAUGCAUCCUUUUUUACUACCUACCCUCUCAUGGUGACCAGCUCGAUCAGGGACAACCAAAUCAACAUCUAUGCGAGCUUUGAUUCUAGGAUAAUUGAGCGUACCAAGAUGGAAGUACUCAUGCAUCAGCUAGAGGUCAUCACACGGCAAGUGGUUCAAGAACCAGAUGAAGUUGUUGGUAGCAUCAAUUGUCUAACAGGGGAAGAGCUUCACCAGAUCUGGAGCUGGAAUCGACUGCCAUGGGCACCUAUUUUAGGAUCUGUCCAUGAUCGGAUCGGUGAGGUAUCCAAUACCAGGCCUUCCGCCCCUGCAAUUUGCGCUUGGGAUGGUUCCCUAACCUACGGCGAGUUGGAUUACCUGUCUACGCGCCUUGGAUCACACCUCUCCAAAGUUGGAAUCGAACCCGAGUCACUGGUUCCUCUCUGCUUUGAAAAGUCCGUUUGGACCAUCGUAUCGAUGCUUGCAGUUAUCAAGGCUGGUGGAGCUUUUGUUCUCCUUGACCCCGCCCAGCCCAAACAACGGCUGGGCGAGAUUAUUUCAAGAGCAAAGGCGAACCAUGUCCUAGCCUCCCCGUUGCAGUAUGACAUGACUUCCGAGCUGGCAUCUGAGCACAACUCAACAGUAGUCCUAAUUUCAAAUUCACUCCUUGAAGCAUUAACAGAUGAUGCUGUUGUUACUGAUCGACUGCUGCAGCACUUUGAUUCCAAUAGACCACUUUUCGUCACUUUCACCUCUGGCAGCACUGGGAAGCCGAAAGGUGUUAUCAGUACCCAUGGUAGCUAUCUGUCUGGCGUUAACUAUCGCAAGUCAAUCUUACGACUGCCAGACGUGGACAUGAGAGUAUUUGAUUUCGCGUCCUACAGUUUCGAUGUCAGCACGGAUGUGAUUCUUUCCACGCUUAUCACAGGCGGCUGUGUGUGUGUGCCCUCUGACUUUGAUCGCAAGAAUAACAUUCCAGGAGCGAUCAAUGCCCUGAAAGUUAAUGCGGCAGAUCUCACCCCUUCCGUCUCACGUUUACUCUCACCCGAAUCGGUUCCUGGACUCAAGGUUUUGAAAUUGGGAGGAGAAGCCAAUGCUGCAGCUGAUCAUGCCUUGUGGCUAGGAAAGACAACACUUGUCAAUAUAUACGGCCCUUCGGAAUGCCUGGUUGUGACUGCAGAGACGGUUGUUCCCGGCACCGACCCAUGCAACAUUGGUCGAGGUCUUGGAGCUAACACCUGGGUCGUUGAUCCUACGAACCAUGAUCGUUUAGCCCCAAUUGGUAGCAUUGGAGAGCUCCUCGUUGAAGGUCCAAUCCUCGGUCGAGGCUAUCUAGACGACCAAAAACAAACGGAUGCCGUCUUCAUACAUAAUCCUACAUGGCUGCUAAAGGGAUUGGCCGGAUUUCAACCUGGUCGUGAAGGACGGGUGUAUAAAACCGGAGAUUUAGUCCGGUACAACCCUGAUGGCACUUUACAUUAUAUCGGCCGCAAAGAUAGGCAAUUGAAAGUUCGUGGACAGCGUGUCGAGCCGGCUGAGAUUGAAGGGCUUAUAGAGAGGCACAUGAAGUCGAAGUUAGGAUUGAGAAUCGACGUCGUCGCGGACUUGGUCACAUCAAAAAGUGAUCAGCGGAAAAGCCUCAUUGCAUUCCUCGGUCUGAAUAAAGUUUUGGAGUCAAAGGGCUACUCAGAGGAAAUUCACCUAGGGGAUACAGUCCUGCGCGACAUCAUGUGGGAAGUCACAGCUGGUCUUGAUGUCCUACUUUCGCUGACUCUACCUCCAUAUAUGGUCCCAUCCGUUUAUGUACCAUUACGCCAUAUACCAUUGUUGCCAUCAGGGAAGACCGACCGCAGGAAGCUCCAAUCCACCGGUGCCAGUCUAUCGCCGGAAGACAUGUUAUUCUUCAGAGAACGGCCGAAAGCCCAGAGUCGACCAAUAGCCACGCCGAAGGAAGAGAAGUUACAGAAGCUAUGGGCUGAUGCUCUUGGCGUGAAAUCAAUUCAGGCCGAGGACAACUUCUUUACUAUCGGAGGGGAUUCGAUCGCUGCAAUGAGACUGGUAGGCCUAGCACGAGAUCAAGGGCUUUCGCUAAGCGUCGCCGAUAUCUUUCAACGCCCCAGGUUAUAUGAGAUGGCCGAGCAGGCCCCUGAGACCGGAAUAGAAUUAGUUGAGAUACCUGCUUUCUCUCUUCUUCCUGGUGACGAUUCAUGCGUGCUUGAUGAGAGAAAAGUAGCUGCGGCGCAGUGUGGGUUCUCUAUUGAAGUAAUAGAGGAUAUGUACCCCUGCACCCCACUGCAGGAGGGAUUGAUGGCACUUUCAACCAGAACCCCUGGGGCGUAUAUAUCUCAGAAUGUUUUUGAAAUGGGCCCUGCAGUCAAUACUAAUCCAAUGAAAGAAGCCUGGGAUUGCGUUGUGACAUCAAAUCCAGUCAUGCGUACGCGGGUGAUACUGUCAGCUCGGCAGGAUCUUGUGCAAGUCGUUGUACGGGAAGACAUUCAAUGGGAGAGUCAUGACUCUCUGGAAUCAUACCUCAAGUGUGACCGUAACAAUCCAAUGGGACUUGGGAUGCCGUUGACAAGACUUGCAUGGAUUGAUGAUGAGAAGGCUAAGAAACGUUUCCUAGUCUGGACCGCACAUCAUGCUAUAUUUGACGGCUGGGUAUUGUCAAUGGUGAUGGAGAAUGUUCUACGGGUAUAUCAUGGUAAGUCUAUUCACGUUGGACCGCCAUUCAAAGCUUUCAUCAAGUAUCUUGAAAAGCUUCAGCGGGUCGAAAUGGAUAUAUUUUGGCAAAAAGAGCUUUCGGCAAUAAGUGCGACACCUUUCCCCGCCUUGCCAUCCUCAACGUAUCAACCGAAAGCGGAUGUUGAGACGAAGCUUGAAAUGCCAUUCACUUGGUCGACGACGUCCAACGUGACGAUCUCAACAUUUCUUAGGCUAGCUUGGGCAGUCUUAGUCUCGCGCUUGACAGCAUCCUCAGAUGUUAUAUUUGGCGAAACUCUUAACGGCCGCAAUGUCCCUCUCCCGGGUAUCGAAGGAAUGGUUGGCCCUACUUUAACAACACUUCCCCGGCGCAUAUUGCUUGAAGACAACCUUGCCGUUGCCGACCUUUUGCAGCGUCUCAAAGAUCAAGAGGUCGCAAUGAUGCCUUUUGAGCAUGUCGGCCUCCAGAGCCUCCAGGAGCUAUCGGCGGAUUGCCAAGCUGCUUGCAGAUUUCAGACCUUGUUUGUCGUUCAGCGUGGGAUGGACCCAAAAGGCCGCAAAAGCACAUGCUCUACAAUAUGGCUAUGCAGUAGUAGUUGUUCGACGCAACAAGAACCGCAAUGGUAUUAUUGA